ACCGCAGGAGGUCAACGUAAGCCAGCUCCCGAAGCUCAAGCUCUUUGAAACGUUCAUGCACUUGGAGGCCAAGAGCGAGUGCCCGCACUGGAUCUACGAGAUGCUGCCGCUCUCGCCGACGGACGGCGUGCCGUACGAAGAGCUCAAGACGUACCUGCUGCGACGCCGCGACGAGCCGGUCGCGGGCAUGGCGCUCGACAUUCCGCGCUACAAGAUCAUUGUGCUGCCGCCCGGCGGCGAAGCGCGGCUACUCGGCUACAUUGGCCACAACUUGAUUGCUGUCAUUCGUCGGAACAAACUCAAAAAGUAGUUUCGUCACCCUAAUCCUAUUUCCCGUUUGAUCAACUACAUGUACC